AUGUCGAAUGCAAUCUUGAAAGAACUGUGUAGUUUUUUAAAAUUAGAGCGUGACAGGGGAUAUCACAAUCUUGUCGCUCAUCUCCAGUCUCUCGACGAAGAAGGAAUUUAUAAUCUUCAGUUCGAUCUGUCAAAUUUAUUGAACAACACUGAAUUAUCUUGGGAAUCUAAACAUGGAGGUCUUAUGGGUGCAAAAGCAGUUUUGGAAAACGGAAACGUUUCAGAUGAUUUUGAAAUUGAAAUUAAAAGAAAAUGCAUGGAUCACCUUGAUGACAAUGAAUUCCGUGUAAGAAUUGCAGCAGGUGAAGUACUUGGUGCUUUAUGUAAAAAGAUUGGUCCAGAAAUUUAUGGAGAUGUAAAAGACCAAAUUUUGAAUGGAAUUCGCUCUAAUUUAGAACGAGAAAUGUCAACUGGUGAUGAACAUCAAAAUGAUGAUGAUGUUGAAAAACUUGUAGAGAAACUGAGUAGUUCACCUGGAGGGGAAAAGAGAGUAAAUGUAGAUGCAGCACAAAUUUUUCAUGACACUGCAGGAUGGAAGUCUUUAGAAACAUGGAUGAAAUGCUUAGAAUGUGUUGUGAAUUCUUGUGGUCAUCUUUUCAAUAAGUAUGUAGACCAAGAAUUAUUGGAUCUGAUAUUUAUGGCACUGUUACACACAAACAGAUUUGUUAGAGAGACAGGAUUUUAUGUGUGUGCAGCAAUAGUGUCUAUUGGUGUCAUUGGUGAUGGAAAAUCAACUUUAAAGUUAAAAGAAGAAAAUUCUGUAUAUAGACAUGGAAGGCAGUUGUCAGAAUAUCUUGGAAAAGGAUUAUCUGACAAUUGGAGUCAGGUACGUCUAGCAGCAUCUGUAGCUACAAGGAAGUUUCUACAUAGUUUACCAUCAGAGGAAGUAAAGGAUCAGUUCUACAGUAUACUCAUACCAAGAAUGUGCCUUAACAGAUACUAUGUAGCUGAAGGUGUUAGAAUAUAUUCACAAGAAACCUGGAGACAGACCACAGAAGGAGAAGGGAGACAUCUAGUAGAGAAAUAUAUUGACGAUGUGGUUGAAUAUUAUAUUGAAUCAACAGUAGCAGAUAACCAUGCAGUUAGGGAAGCUGCUUGUGCUUGUAUUGCUGAACUAGGAGCUAAGAUUGAAAGAAAUGCAGUAAGAUCACACGUUCCCAGGCUGCUUGCUGCUUUAUUGGUGUGUUUUAAUGAUGACAGCUGGCCUGUCAGAGAUGCUGCAUGUGUAGCAUGUGGAAAUUUUGUUUUAUGUUUUCCUGAAGAAUCAAGAAACAGCUUGCCAGAUUUAUACCCUUUAUUUUUCAACAAUUUACAAGACAAUAUUGCCUCAGUCAGACAGGGAGCUGCAUUAGCUCUAGCCAAUGUUGUACAAGCCUAUGGUCAAUCCAGUAUGGAAACUAUCACAGGCAAGGUGAAAGAGGGAUUAGAGGGUGUAGAAAAACAACCUGCAUCAUCAGAAAAGUACUGUGCUUUAGAUAAAGGUUCUGGAGCUUACGGUGUUGUUAAAAUGUUAAGAGACAAUGAUAUGGACUUACAUACAGAUAAACAGAUGUAUUCCUGUGGGUCAUUGGCACCUAAGAUGGGAAGAGGUGGUGGAUGUAUGGAUCAUAAGUUCAAAAAACCCUCAGAGCCGUGGGAAUUAACAGAUGGGUGUUUUCAUUUAAUAGCAGAAUUAUCAAACAACCCUAGCCUAUCAGCAUUAGUAGGACAGACAUUACCUGCAGUGGCUAAAGCAGUAUCAUUUCAGCAUUAUCCUCAACAUGUUGUUUUAUUAGAAACACUUUGUAAACAGUUGCCAAAUAUUGCCAAAGGUAUAGGAAAGAGACAUUUCAAGCCACAUUUGGAAUUAUUUUUUGAUUCCAUCUUUUACAGUAUGACCUGUGAUAGUGCAUUAACAUCAAGUGCAGCUAGUCAGUGCUUAAACCAAUUAAGUAGUUUCCUUGGUCCGAACAUUCUCAAAGGAAGAGUAGAACAAUACAAUCCAGCAUACUUAGAUCAAUUGAUUGCCAACCAGUUUAUAGCUCCAUUAUAGAACAAAGAAGAAGCAGGUUACUACUACUAGAACUGUGAUAAACAUAAAUACAUCAAAGGAGAAAUUCUCUGCUAACAGCAUUUGAUCAAAGGAGCUUAUCUGAUAUUGGACCAAGCCAGUGUGUUUGAUAGUAAAAAAAAUUUCUGAUACAAAGUCAUGAAUGCUAAUUAAUAACAAGAUACUUGAUAUGUCAUCAUAACAUACAAUGAAGUUCUGUGCAUUUGAAUACAUCAAUGUUGAAGUCAAGUUGAAGUAAUUGAAUGUGUCCUACCAAAUUUUUAUUUUUGCAUCCUUAUAAGAUCCCCAUGCUUGUUUUAAUCCUAAAGCCUUUGACAGCUUACAUAACCUUUUCAUAAGGGUUUGUAAUGAAAUCCUAAUUAACAAAGGUACAUUUUCAGAUUAUUCUAUAUAAAAAUAUUUAUUUUUCCGAAACAUUUUUCUGAAAAUUUUUCUCAAAUUUUCAUCGACUUUGUACACUUCAAAGAUUUUUAUGGUAUAGUCACACAUAUACUGUGUAAGGAAGAUGUAAAAUAAACCAUUGAGACUGAAUUACCUCAACUUGAAAGAAUAUUUCUGCCAUUAAGUAUUUUUAGUGGUAAAUUACAUGCUUAGUAGACAGGGUAUUUAUUUCAUGAAGAUUAUAGAAUGUUGCCUCAAUCAGCAUGUAAUUCAUUAUUUUUUCAUAUGUUAGAGCUAUAUUGUCCUAAUCCUUUCAAAAUAAUGUUCUGAGAGAUUUCUCAUCAAGUGAUAUGAAAUAUUCUGUUAAACAGUAAUUCAUAUCAUCUUCUGAAUGGCUGCUACAUGUAUUGAAAAGUUGCUAAAUUUUAUAUUUUACUAAAUAAAUAAAUAAAUAGAGAUAUACAAGAAUUCAAUUUAAUUGGUCUGUCCAUUUUGGCAUUCUAGGAUGUCCUCAGUCAAUAGAAUACUGUGGUCAUUAAUCCAUUGGGAUAUCUAUUAUUGUCGCAAUGUCAUAAAGUUUCAAAAGUUUUUUGAAUAUCAGUGCCAUAAAAAUCAUAUUUGUUGAAAACAAUAAAAGGCUUGUCCGUUACAUUUACAAUUACAUUGAUUAUAGAUCCACAGAUUUUUACUAUCUUUUUAGUUCACCUGGUCAAUAGUGCAACAUCAGGUAUUGCUAUCACAUGGCCAUCUGUCUGUAAUAUAAACAAUUUCAGGAAAGUAUUUGAAACCUCAGGGACUUAUGAAACCAAUUUUCAACAAUCAUUUACAAGAAGUUAGUUUUAAAAUCAGAUCAAAUAUAUAAAUCAAACAACAAACAUUAAAUUUAUACCGUAAUAGUAGUUUUUUUUUCAUUGUCUCUAGAACAACAGUCAUUUGUGACCAAAUGUUGGUUUCAUGAUCUGAUGGUGAUAUCGUUCAUUUCUGAUUCACUCAGGAAUUACCUCCUCCCAAUAAAAUAAUGCAACUCUUAGAAGAAAAUACAAAAAAAAACCUGAUGAAUUACCUUACCAAUUGACACAAGUUUUUUUUUUUCACCAAAAAGAAUAAGAUACAGAGCCAGGUAUAACCUAAGUUUGCUAUAACAAUCUGAGGAGUUAUGUCUGACAAUAAACCAACAUGUUAAUUGCAACUUAUAAUCGAAUAUAGAUUUUAAAUUCAAAUCUUUAUCAAGUAGUAUCACUUACAGAUGAUUCUAUUUCAAUUUUAAAGAUUUUGUGCUAUUGUCCAUUUCAGAGGAUUAGUACUAAUGUCCAUUGCAGAUUUAUCUUAAACAUUUUCUUUAUGAUACACAGUGAUUUUUCAAGCUAUAGUGAAAGUGAGAAAAUCACCUCUUUCAAUCAGUUGGGCAUUAAUGAAAUAAUUUUUUUUCAAUACUUGUAUAUGUUGUAUGAGAAGUACGUAUGAAAGACAAUUGAUAUCUCAUAUUAUCGGCAAUUUGUACAUUGUUCCUUUGAUCUUACUGCCUAAUAUUUUUAGGAUCAUUGACAGGACUUGAUACUUUAAAAUAUCAGGCAAUGACGUCAUGUAUCAGUGCAGCAACGUCACAUGCUCAAGUCCAUCUGCGUCAAUUUAUCAAUGAAAUGCACACGACUUCAUUCAUACAACCAAACAACUAUUCCAACAUUUUGUACACGUAAAAGUAGUUUUACUAACUAUUUCAUUUACUUCAUAUUUAAACCAAAAAAUCAUACAGUUAAGACAAAUUGCCGAUGAAAAGAAUAAUGGCACUUGAUUUUUUUGAUACUCACUUCAUCGGCCUGAAUAUCAGCUUGUCCUAGCAGGCUAGCUUAAUAUUCUUGCUGAUAAAGUCAGUAUCAAAAAUAAAAAUGCCAUUAUUCUAUAUUUAUGUGGCAUUAGUUUCCAUACAUUCAGGUUAGAAUUUUAAUUUACAUCCUCACUUUCAACCACUAUAACAGGCAACAAUCCUUUCUCUAUUUAAAAGAUUUGUAUUUAUUUUUUCUGUAAAUUCUUGAAAAUGCUUAAGUUUUUAAUAUACUUUUAUCUUAUGUUCAUAUUUAUUUUUGUUGUAAUGAAUUCUAUGGACAAGAAUGUUUGUUAAAAUGAUAUACAUUUUAUAUCUCAUAAAUGCAAUUUAAAAUUUUAUAGUCUGUAUAAAUGUUUGAUAUACAGAAGGUGAUCAUAGAAAGCCCCUUUCCUUUGGUGUGAACAAUUUAUUUCUGUCAAAUUUUAUUUUUUGCAGAGCUUUCAGGAAUGUUUACAAUGUCCAAAAUUUCACAUUUUUCAAUCAAAAUAAAUUUUAAGUGUUGCAGUAUAUGAAACUAUCACAAAUAUGAAUUUUAUUUACUGUACACUUUUCAUGAAACAGGAAAAAUACAGUUAGAAAGCCUCAUAUUUUGAUUUGUUUCUAAGUCCCAUACAAGUAAAUAUAAUUGUAUCAUUUACAAAUACUCUUGUACCAUUUUUUCAGUUAAAUCCAGUUAUUUUAAUUUUGUUCCAAAAUUUGUAUGCAUUAGACAUUAAUCCCAACGUUUGGCAGUAAACUAAUUUAUUCCACUGAUUUGAAUUAAUUGUAGAAUAAUUGUAUAUAUUAGCCUAUUGUUUAUAUUUAUGUUUAACAACAGACAGCUACCCCUUAAACUUCCUCAGGAUUUUAACAUUUAAAAUAAGUGCUAACUGUGAUAUCUCCAAUGAUGUAUAUUUGUCUUCCUAUGUUGCUAUUAUGUAUAACUGCAGUUGAAUUUAUAACAAGAAUUGAAAUAUAAUUGAUAUACAGUGCAGUGUUUAUUUUAUAAAAUAGAUAUUAAAGGCUAACAAAUAAAUCUAGGGAUGGUUAAGGUGUAAGACUACCAGUAUGUGGUAGUCACCCUGGUUUCAUGUUAAAAAGGGACGAACAAAAACAUUACCAUGAAUUUGACAGUUGUAGGAAAUUAACCCUGCAUUUCAUUACAGGAUUUUUUUUCUGAUUCAUAAACAUUUAUCUUGGGUGUUUCAAAGCACCAUUUUUUUAUAGGACCGCAAAAAAUUUUUUGGGAUCGUAUAAUGGUAUGAUGUCGUCGUUUGCGUCGUCGUCUGCGUCGUCGUCCGAAGACACAUUGGUUUCCGGUCAAUAACUUUAGUUUAAGUGAAUGGAUCUCUAUGAAAUUUUUUAAGAAGGUUCAAUACCACAAAAGGAAUGUUGGGAUUGAUUUUGGGGAUGAUGGUCCCAACCGUUUAGGAAUAAGGGGCCCAAAAAGGGGCCCAAAACAAGCAUUUUUCUAGUUUCAGGAUAAUAACUUGUAUAUAAGUAUUUGGAUUGCUCUGAAAUUGUACCACAAUGUUUAAUACCACAAGUAGAAGGUUGGGAUUCAUUUCAGGGGUUAUGGGGGCCAACAGUUUAGGAAUUAAGGGCCAAAAAGGGGCCAAAAACAAGCAUUUUUCUAGUUCCCAGACAAUAACUUGUGUGUAAGUGUAUGGAUCUCUCUGACAUUGUACCACAAGGUUCCAUAUAACAAAGGGAAGGCUGGGAUUGAGUUUGGAGUUAAUUGUCCCAAACAUGUAGGAAUUAGGGGCCAAAAAAGGGCCAAAAACAAGCAUUUUGCUAGUUUCCAGACAAUAACUUGUGUGUAAGUGUAUGGAUCUCUCUGAAAUUGUACUACAAGGUUCCAUACUACAAAGGAAAGGCUGGGAUUGAGUUUUGGGGUUAUUGCUCCAAGGGGGGGUUCAAAAAGUGGGGGGGGGGGAAUUUUUUUCCCAAUUUUUUUAAGGGAUUCAUAUUUUUUUUUCAAAAUUUUUAAAAUUUCGAAUUUUUGAAAAGUUUCAAGAAGAAAUCUUCAAUUGCACAGUAUUGUGCAAUUGAUUUAUAAGAUCUUCGACCACAUUUAUUUUUUGUCAGAAACCUAUAUUAUGUCAAAAAUUUAAUCACAAUCCAAAUUCAGACAGUAUCAAGCUUGAAUAUUUUGCCCCAACUGUUCAGGGUUCGACUUCUGCGGUCGUAUCAGGCUGCGCUCAGCGAAGCAUUUUAUUUUAUUAAGUGUUCCAUAAAAUAUUUUAGAAACUCAAGGUGAUCUGGUUAUUAAGUUUGUUAACAGAGGAAAAAAGGUUGAAAAGUUCAAUAGUUUACUUCCUGUGAUGGUUAAUUUCUUAUAUGGUAUGAAAUGUGAUGUGAAAUGUUUACUGUAAUACUGGACAGUAUAAAACUUUACUCAUGCCAAAUAUUUCUUUAUAUAAAACAAAGAUAAAUUCUGCACAUUUUUUUUUGAAAAAUGCCAAUUUAACAAAGACUAAUAGGGGAAAAACUAUUGUGGUAUAAUGCCAAUUUAACAAAGACUAAUAGGGGAAAACAAUUGUGGUAUCACCCCUUAAGUUCAUAAAAAAAGUACACAUGUAAUAUCUGUAAUUAUCUUUGUAAAUUAUUGAGUACUCAAUAGUAACACUGUAGAAUAAAAUUUGUUUUUAAUGCAAACUUUUAUUUACCUACUUUACAACAACUUAUAUUGUUUAUUUUUAGUGAUGGCAGAUAUGUAUUUAUAUUUAGGAUUUUAUUGAUAACUGAUUUGCAUGUAUUUCACUGAAGACGUUUAGGAUAUUAUAGAUAUGGUUCCUGUUAUAUAAUAAUAGUAUGAUACCCUUAACCCAUCUGGUUUUAUCAAGUGUAAUUUUAAAUCUAAAGUUUGCUCAUCGUGCAAGUUUGUAAUAUGUCAAAUUGAUAUCGUAGGUCAAACAAAAUUUAACUAAUAAUCUGAAAGGUUAAUGAAGUAUGUUUUUAAUGUCUCAUUUCUGGGUUAACAAAUCAGUUAGUAAUUUUUGUCUCGCCUGCGAUGAAAGUCGCAGUAUGCGAGACAUAGGUUUUACCAUCCAGCGGUGGUGGCGGCGGCUUAACUAUUUGUAUAAAGCUUUAUAUUUCAGAAGGUAGAAGACCUGGAUGCUUCAUAUCUUGUAUGCAGAUACCUUAUGUUAUGAAGUUUUCGUCUGUCAUAUGUCCAAUGUCCUUGACCUCAUUUUCAUGGUUCAAGACUGCUUGAAAAAAAUUUGAGUUUUUUUGUCAUGUAAAUUUCUCACUUAUUAUGAGUAAUAGGAUAACCAUAUUUGGUAUAUGGGUUCCUUGCAACGUCUACAUGUCCGUCAGACAGGGUUCACCUGGCCUCGACUUCAUUUCAGGGAUCAGUGAUCAAGGUUAAAGUUACUUGAUUAGGUCCGUUUCUCAAAUACUCUAAGCAGCAGGUCAACUAUAUGUGGUGUACAGAAUGACUGUAAUGGGUACAUGUCAGUCUGGCAGGUUUCAUCUGACCUUGACCUCAUUUUCAUGGUUCAUUGGUCAAUGUUUAGUUUUUGUGGUUUGGUCUGUUUUUAAAGUACUAUAAGCAAUAGGUCAAAUAUAUUUGGUGUAUCGAAGGAUUGUAAGGUGUACAUGUCUGUCUGGCAGGUUUCAUCUGACCUUGGACUAAUUUUCAUGGUUCAUUGGUCAAUGUUAAGUUUUUGUGGUUAUACCCCCGCUUUAAAAAAGGGGGGGUAUACUGUUUUACCUCUGUCUGUCCGUCCGUCAGUCCCAUGAAUAUUUUUUCAUUGCAUCUUUAUUAGGAACUACAUAACAAGGAUUUCUGAAAUUUGGUUUCAGGGUUUAUAUGAGUCAGCUAUACUGCGUGAUGCGUUUUCAGAUUCAUCACUCAACAACUUCCUGUUUACCGAAUACUUACAUUUGGGCAGGGGUAUCAUCAGUGAGCAGUAGCUCGCAGUUUCACUUGUUUGGUGUGUUUUUCAAGUACUAUAAGCAAUAGGUCAAAUAUAUUUGGUGUAUGAAAGGAUUGUAAGGUGUACAUGUCUGUCUGGCAGGUAUCAUCUGACCUUGACCUCAUUUUCAUGGUUCAUGGCUCAAUGUUAAGUUUUAUGUUUUUGUCUGUUUUUCAAGUACUAUAAGCAAUAGGUCAAUUAUAUUUGGUGAAUAGAAAGAUUGUAAGGUGUACAUGUCUGUCUGUCACAUAUUUAUAUAUCUGGCAGGUAUCAUCUGACCUUGACCUCAUAUUUAUGGUUCAAUGGUCAAUGUUAAGUUUUGUGUUUUGGUCUAUUUUUCAAAUACUAAUAGCAAUAGGUCAGCUAAAUUUGGUGUAUGGAAUGAUUGUAAGGUGUACAUGUCUGUCUGGCAGGUAUCAUCUGACCUUGACCUCAUAUUUAUUGUUCAUUGGUCAAUGUUAAGUUUUUGUGUUUUGUUAUGUUUUUCAGUUAGCAUACGCAAUAGGUCAAUUAUAUUUGGUGUAUGAAAAAAUUGUAAGGUGUAUAUGUCUGUCUGACACAAUUUAUCUGACCUUGACCUCAUUGUCAUAGAUUUUUAUAAAUGUUAAGUUUCUGUAAUGCUUUUAGUAAAACCUUUAUCUUUAAGACUUUCAACAUAAAAUCAAUGGUCAGUAAAGCAGGCGAGACAUUUCAGCGUGUGAACUCUUGUUUAUUCAAACUACUCUAAUUAUUAGGGCCCUGCCGAAUGGCGGACGCCCUAUAGUGAUCAGUCUGUCCGUCCGUCCGUCUGUCUGUCUGUCCGUCAGUCAGUCUGUCCGUCCGUCCGUCUGUCCUUAACAAAUUGUGUCCGCUCUAUAUCUAGAGAACCGUUAUGAUUUCAAAGUUUAUACUUGACAUGUAUAUUAACCAACACCAGAGGGUGUGUCAUAAUGUAUGUACAACUUCCUAGGUCAAAAGUCAAGGUCAAAAACUUUGGUUUUAGUUGACAACCCCAUGUCCUAUGGUAAAGAUCGUGUCCACUCUAUAUCUUGAGAACCGUUAUGAUUUCAAUGUUUAUACUUGACAUGUAUAUAAACCAACACCAGAGGGUGUGUCAUAAUUUAUGUACAACUUCCUAGGUCAAAGGUCAAGGUCAUAAACCUUGGUUUCAGUUGACAAACCCAUGUCCAAUGAUAAAGAUACAAAUUUUUUACCACACAUUAUUCACAGCGGGGCCCACAGAGAUGGCUCCCAUCUCAAUGAUAUCUAGUUUUGACUAUCAUCUUAAAAUCUUUUUCACUGCCUACAGUUAAAUAUACUUUGAUUUAAUGAUACAUUUUGAUUGUUAAUUUCACUAAAGGAAUUAUGGAUUGGAAGGGAAUAGGACUUAUAUUUGGUUUUGAUGCUUUUGUUUUAUUAAGGCUUUUAGAAGGUUAUUUUAACAUAUCUUAUGAAGAAUACUCCAGAAACUUGUGUCAUGCACAAUAAAUCAUACAUACAAUUCUAUUUCAUGAAGAAUAUGACUUCUUUUCAGUUUUAAAACAGUUUUCAUAACAUUUCCUAGUAGUAUUUUUUAUAUACAACACAAACUACUGGACAAUACUUAAGUAUUCCUUGCCAUCUCUAGUAAUUCUCUACUCUAUAGAUGUUAAUAUCUAUAAUGUUAGACCAACCAUUUAUAGUUUCAGAAUGAAACAACUCUAAAGUAUAUAUUAAUUACAUUAUCAAAUUUGAAAAUUUAUUGACAACUUUUAUUUACCUUGAAUGGUACUAUGGUGCAACUUAAUGUGCUACAAGACUUAUUGCUAAUUAACUUCUGAUUGUUGUUAGUAACUAUGUUAAUGUCUCGAUUAAAAAUAAAAUAUUUUACAUGUC